AUGUCCAGAAGCUUCUCCCAGUACGAUGCCGCACCAAUCGAGCACGAAGUUGACGAAGAGUUCGCCUUUUGGAAACGGGAGACGCGCUGUUACCUGCUCAAGGACGUAACCUCGUCAGUAACCUUCGCAGCGCAUGAGCUAGAGCGUAUUGAUUUUAUGUGGGGCCGCAUCCGCUCCGACCGUACUGUGUCUUCUUCCGCUGUUGAUGCCACCGUUCGCGUAGAGGGUCAUCUCGUGGUGUUUGCGAACGUAAAGCCGAAAUUGACCAAAGCCCAGCGGAAUGCACCGCGCAGUAGCACACUGCAGCAGUAUUGCGUACUGGAUCAGAUCCUUGAGCUCCACGGCAUUGUGCAGAGCCAAAUGGAGAAGCUCGUGGCGCUUGAGAAGUUCUUGGGCGCGCAACAUCAGGACCUCAUGGAAGACCAGCCAAGCAACGAGGACGUUGAGGUUCAUGUGGCGAUCGUGCAGCGGACGUUUCAGUGUCUUGGUCGUAUUUGCCAGGAACUGCGCAACGCCGCUAAUGUCCUGCGACUGCCCAGUCGUCGUCGGUUCCCGUUCUGCUCCCACAUUGACCACACUUUCAAGCCGCCGCUUCCGUCCGAGGUCAUUGUUGACUUCUCUAUUCAUCGAGGCGAACUGCUGGUGGAAGUCUUUAGCCUUAUGGCUACUCAAAAAUCCAUCACGACAAUUCCCGAAGGCUGCGCGUCGGGAAAAGAGUUUGUUGGCUGCGUUUGCGCUUUCCGUGGUCAAAAAGUCGAAAUUGUAGAGUACGCUCGAGUUUCCGUGCCGAUCCCGCCGCUGGAAGAGAUGCUAGUCCAUCUUGACAAGCAAAUUCUGUGGCUAGUACACGUCCGAGAUAAUGUGAAAGCACUGCUCGAUUGCCAAGACAUGUAUAACGAGGAGUACUAG